AUGGCCCCGACUCCGGCGAAAUAUGUUCUCUUGUCGCUACCCCUGAGCACCUUCGACACAGGCGACCAGCAAGAAGCUCUCGACUCCGUCAAGACCACCAUCACGUCCGAUAAUGGAACCGUGUUGCCCUUCCCUGUCCCCAACUUUAAGAUAGGAACUCUAGACGCCUUGGUUCAGCAAGCCGACGACCUAGCAAAGCUUAAUACGGCCUGCGAGGGAGUGGUCAGCAAAGUUGGCGACGCCUUGCGAUCCUUAUACGAAGGCAACGAUGAUAAGGCUUCUGAACAAAAGAUGGUAAACGACAAGCCGACGGAUCAGUAUCUUCGCACCUUUACUUGGAACAAAGUCCGCUACCGAGCCGACAGGCCUGUAGGCGAAAUCGUUGAUAUCCUCCAAAAGGAAUUGGCUACGAUCGACAAUGAUGUCAAGGGCAAAUUCAACCAAUACAACCAAGUCAAGACCAACCUCGCAACUCUGCAAAGAAAACAAACGGGCAACCUCGCGACCAAGUCUCUCACACCGAUUGUCAACCCAUCUCUACUGGUGCAAGACUCCGAAUAUCUCGAAACUCACCUCGUCGCUGUCCCCUCCAACCUGAAAAAGGAGUAUCUUAAGAGCUACGAGACCGUGUCACCCAUGGUAGUGCCCCGGUCGUCUGUACAGGUUGCGCAAGACGAUGAAUUUAUCCUGUUCGCUGUCACCACGUUUAAGAAGCACAGUGCCGAGUUCCAACAGAAGUGCCGAGAGCAGAAGUGGACGCCCCGCCAGUAUAAAUACGUCGAGGGCGGUAAAGAAGAAGAGCAAAGAGAAAUAGAUCGCGUCACUCGGGAAGAAAAGAAGGUCUGGGGCGAGGCUCUACGAUUAACCCGCACGGGAUGGAGUGAGAGUGUCAUGAUAUGGGCGCACAUCAUGGCCCUCCGCGUCUUUGUAGAGUCGGUGUUGCGCUACGGCUUACCGCUAGAAUUCGUGUCAGCUCUCGUACUGACGACCGCGAAGUCGGUAAAGAAGGUGAAGACAGCGCUGGACUCGUCGUAUUCGUACCUGGGUGGAAAUGCGUUCGGACGAGACAAGCGAGGGAGGAUCACAAAAGACGACGCGGCGUUAACAUCAGAAAUGGCAGCGGCCGGCUUGGGGCACGCAGGGGAAGGCAACGAGUAUACGGCAUACGUAUAUUACGAAUUCGAAGUAUAG